GGAGGUUGUGGAAAAAGAGGGUCAUGCGGUGAAAAACGCGACGAUCACACAGGAGACGCACGAUGUGCAGAAUGACAAUAUCAAUAAGGAGAAGGUUAACGAAAAUACUGCCACGCUCUGGGGCCCCGAGAGAAGGUUGCCAUCGACAUUCACCACAGCCUUAAUGAGACAAAUGGCAGAAAAUCUCACAUCAUUGGCUGAAAUACAUACGACUAUUUACAAUAUACAUUAUAGUACAUACUGCUGGUUUUUCCUCCUUCACGCCCAGGUCCUAAAUUUCAAGAGCCUCAAGAUGUGAAUAGGGAAAUGAGCGAAGAUAAUACUGAAGAGGAGGUAGAAGAAGAAGAGGUAGAAGAGGAGCAAGAAGCCGAGGAAAACAAUAUGUCUGCGGAGGAGUCUGAGGAUGAGGUGGAAACAGAGGAGGCAGACGUUACGAAGAAUAUUUCAAAGAAAGAGGAAAGCAAGGUGGAGAAUGAGGUUAAAAUAAAAGAAAUCAUAGAUGAUCCAGAACAGGAUGUCAUAGAAGUGAAAGAAAGUACUUUACCAGAGCAAGUUAAGAUACGUGUAUCAGUCUUGGAACCAAAUACAUCACAAGAACAAAAUGAAAUGAAAGAUUCAGAAACGAAUGCUAAAGAAUCAGAGAAUACAGAAAAUAAAGAAGGAAAGGAUGAAUCAGCUCUGGAAAAGCAAGAAGAGAAACAAUGUACCAAGGAUGAGACGGAAAAAUCGGCGAAUAUAUUAUCACAGAACAUGUUAGAAGUAUUGGAAUCUGAAAAUUUGGUUGAAGGCGCAAAUUUGCCAAACGAGUCGGAGCAAAGGACGCAGGAGACGAAGACAGAGAGAGAGGAUGAACCGAAGGCAGAAACUCAAAGAGAGUUGUUACAGGUGGCAUCAGCUGAUGGCGAAAUACAUCAGGAGAGCAUCAAGAAUGUAAUUCAUGAGAUCAUAAGUGAUAUCGACCGCCAGAUGGAGACGGCACCGGAUGACGUCGUAGCGCCCCUAGAGGAUAAGGAGAAUGGUACAAAAGUGGUGGACUUACAGAAAAUCUUCACGCCUGCUACGGACGCUGAGGAGAUACUACCACGCCAACGCAAGCUGUACGCGUCGUCGAGCUUCUAUUCACCCACCCUCCAUCCCACCGUGGAGGAUCAAGUAGAACUGGCACGACGCAUAUCACAUUCGUUGAGUGAUAUCAGCAACCAGCACUCUAAAGGGCAGUCCAUGUACGUGAACCGGAAGAAGCGCUCCGUUAAGUGGGUGCACGAGGGUGAAGGCAAGGGCCUUGUGCUCAAUACAUCGAACUACGAAGAAAGCCGUUCAGAGAAGACACCUCUCAAGUUCGUGAUGAACCCACGAGGGCAGGUGCAAGACAUAGAAACUCUACGUGCUCAGGGAGUCGUUGUCGAACCCACAGCUCCGUCAUUGGAUCGUUGUGCCGAAGUGGUGACUGCACUUCAAGCUGCCGGUGGCAAAGGUAAAUCCCAAUUAGCGCAUAACCAACGUGUAAGCUUCCUUUUUCUUGAUAUAGGUGCUGAGCUAUUUGCAAAACGUCGUAAGCGCUCCGAAAAAUGGAUUGUUGAUGAAAGUGCAUAUCAAACUUCUAUGCUCACAUCUGAGGCCAGGCUCAUCAAUGAGGGUCCUAAAACUCAACCCAGCGUCAAAAUGGACCAGAUACUCUUACAGAAAUCAUCGCCUCCAAAAUGUCAACUAUCCGUGGAUUUAUCUCGUACUGAGGCGGCGAACAAAUCACCGCCUUCAUCAGUACAACUAAGUCGCGAGUUGGCAUAUCGACCGUCGGUACCGCAAGGCUGGAAUGCUCCACGGCCAUAUCUCUCUGGUGAGUGUUCGCGGCCAGUCAAUUCGCUUUCGCUUACUCACACCCUCGAGGAGGACUUCUAUGCUGUCCCAGUACGCGCACUCAUUGACACAUUUGAGCAAAAAACAGGCAUCUACACGCCACCCGAAUUGCCACUCAGCAGUUAUGCUCCACCACCACGUGCGGGCGUACCGCACCAACGCAUGAAUUUACCUUUAUCGCAGUAUGCAGAUUUGCCAAAAGCUCCUCUGAAUACGCAGUAUGCAGAUUUGCCAAAAGCUCCUCUGAAUACGCAGUAUGCAGAUUUGCCAAAAGCUCCUCUGAAUACGCAGUAUGCAGAUUUGCCAAAAGCUCCUCUGAAUACGCAGUAUUCAGAUUUACCAAAAGCUCCUAUGAAUACGCAAUAUGUCUUCAAUGAGCUACAUCAUGCUUCAAAGCAACGCUAUGUACCACCAGCACUAGAAUCAAUAUCUGCAACACCGCCGCAAUGUAUAUCAUCAUCAACGUCACCAGUACCAAAAUGGCGCAACUAUAAUACGGCAGCACGCGGCUGGCGUGGUGCACACGUUUACAAGCCUGUUACUUUUGAUCAGCCGUCGUUGCCAUUCACGGAUUUCUAAACCGUUUCUUUUUUGUUGUUCAUUGAGUGAAUAAAUAACAAGUUGUGCGAAA